AUGACGGAUAUCGAUGAAAGAUUAGGUCGUGCUAAUAGUCACCCGAGAUUUCUUCCCGUGGACCAACAAGCAGUAAAUGACCCUCUUUCAAAGUUGAUCUCCGACUAUGAGCUAUCUCAAGCUUAUCAUGAUCGGGAGCUUCUCGAUUUAAUUCAAAAAGUGGAAAGAAAUAAUCCGGAACGAUGUUCAAAAGCUCCAAAAUUUGUUUCUCGGCUUUUAACACACAAAUCGGCACCUAUUCGGAAAUCAGCAUUUGCAGCAUGUAUCACAAUUCUCUCAUUUCCACAGAGCCCCCGUCGAAUGAUGCUGGACGCCUAUCGUAUGGCUCUUUGUAAUUCAAAUUAUCAAGUGGCGCAGUAUGCUCUUUCUCUCCUUCCACAAUUUGUAGACGUUUGUCCGGAGGAAGCCAACAACCUGAUAAAGUGCGGAGCAGCUGCUUACAACAAACUACCAGCACCUUCCACAGAUAUUGAAAUGUAUCUCUCCAGAGCAUAUACUAAAGCGUCACAAUAA